AGUACCUGGCGGCAGAUAUCGGCACCCAUCCUAGUCGCCAGUCAUCUCUGGCGACUCUGGCGAUCCGAGUGAUGACUGAGAUGAGAGAUAAUGGUACAGUAGCCUUCAUCGGGCCUGAUGACACCUGUCGCUCAGAAGCUCUUGUUGCUGCCGCAUGGAACCUACCGAUGAUAUCAUAUGAUCUAGCCAGUGUAUACAACUUGAAUAUUACGGACAUUUUUCAUUUCUCUGAGGCAGACUAUGUUUCCACAGAACAACAUAUUCAGGAGAUGGAGGACAUUGUAACAAAGACCUACCAGAGAACUCGGGUGUAUGUGUUUGUGGGAGAGCACAUUGCACUAGUGGACUUUGUGUAUUGUCUCCAGAGACUCCAUCUGCUGGACAAAGGAGAAUACAUCAUCAUUUCUGUGGAUGAUGAGAUUUAUGACCCAGACCAUCGGCUUAAUAUUGUUCAGCGGGAGUACCUGGAUCCUUACCUUCAUAAUCGGAACUUCAGCCGGAAAAUAUUUCUGGGUUUCCGGUCAGUGCUCAAGCUAACAUCUUCCCAUCCUCGGAAUCCGAAGUACAAGGAGUUGUGUGAACAGAUCAAGAACUUUUCUCUGAAGCCACCAUUCUGUGUACCAUACCAUGAAAAGAUAUAUGACAGUAUUUCUGUGCCAAUAGACGCAGCCCACCUGUAUGACGCUGUCAUGAUUUAUGCACGUGCCCUCACAGAAGUGUUCCAAAAUGGUGAAGAUCCACGUAAUGGUUCAGCUAUUCUUCAGAAAAUUCGCAACCGUUCUUAUCACUCUGUUCAGGGCUAUGAUGUAUUUAUUGAUGGAAAUGGUGAUGCUGAGGGAAACUAUACUGUGGUAGCACUGUUGGAUGAUGAGAGUGUUAAUGGCAGCUUGCGAAUGAGCAUGCAGACUGUUGCCUACUUCCAGUAUACUCCAAAUGUGAGCAGCAACCCACAUGACUUGCCUGAGUUCAAAUAUUUCGAUGAACAUAGAAAAAUUCAGUGGGUUGGUGGUGUUGAACCAAAAGCUGAGCCCUCUUGUGGAUUCCAAGGAGAGAAAUGUAUCUACAAGCCGGAUUGGAGGGUGAUUGUGACAUUAUCUGUCCUCUUCUCCUUUUUGCUUGUUGGGGGCAUCUUUGCUUUUAAGCAUUAUCGCUAUGAGCAGAAAUUAGCAUGCCUGCUGUGGAAGAUAGAUAUGCGAGAUGUGACUAUUAUCCCCACUGAGGCAGCUGAAGCCACAAAUAAGAGUAUGAUUCAAGUUUGUCGGCAGAGUGUGUUCCAGUGUGGUGCACCAGUAGGGGGCAGCAUUAUGGUGGACCAGCCUGAAUUGAGCCAUAAGAGAGCAUACACACGUAUAGGCCUAUAUCGUGGUAACAUCGUAGCUAUUAAACUUCUGCAUAAAAGAAGCAUUGAUAUAACUAGGAAUAUCCGCAAAGAACUAAAGCAGAUCCGUGAGGCUCGACAUGAGAACCUAAUCCCAUUCAUUGGUGCUUGUGUGGAUCAUGGGAAUCUAUGUGUGUUAACAGCCUACUGUGCCAGGGGAAGCCUAGAAGAUGUACUAGCUAACAAAGACUUACACCUUGACAACAUGUUUGUGUCAUCCUUAGUAUCAGAUAUUCUAAAGGGAAUGAUCUAUCUUCAUGACAGUGACAUUGUGUCCCAUGGCAACUUUCGCUCCAGCAACUGUCUUGUGGAUUCACGCUGGGUCCUUCAGAUCACAGACUUUGGUCUCCAUGAGUUUAAAGCAGGACAAGAGGAGCCUGACCAUGAACAGAAGGAACUGCGACGCCAACUGUGGCGAGCACCUGAACUACUGCGAAGUCCCAACCCUCCACCUCAGGGAACUCAGAAAGGGGACGUAUAUUCAUUUGGUAUAGUCUUGUAUGAAAUCAUGGGGCGCAAUGGUCCUUGGGGUCCAGUUGACAUCUCACAUGAAGAAAUUGUGGAGAGAGUGCGUAACCUAGUGGAUGGCCGCAUAUUUCGACCACCUACAGAAUGUCUUGGAAUAGCCGACUACAUACUACGCUGCAUGAAGAGCUGCUGGGAUGAGGAUCCAGAACAGAGGCCUGACAUUCGCUAUGUCCGGGUGAAGCUGAAAGAGAUGCAGGCAGGACUGAAGCCAAACAUCUUUGAUAAUAUGCUGGCCAUUAUGGAAAAAUAUGCUUACAACCUGGAGGGGCUGGUACAGGAGCGUACCAAUCAGCUCAUGGAGGAGAAGAAGAAAACAGAAGCUCUUCUGCAUCGCAUGCUGCCAAAGACUGUAGCAGAAGCAUUGAAGAGAGGGGAUCCAGUAGAGGCAGAGAGCUUUGACUGUGUUACUAUUUACUUUAGUGAUAUUGUUGGCUUUACUGAACUGUCAGCUAUCAGCACACCAUUGCAGGUUGUUGACCUCCUAAAUGAUCUUUACACUUGCUGUGACUCCAUCAUCUCAAACUAUGAUGUAUAUAAAGUUGAGACUAUUGGAGAUGCUUACAUGGUUGUGAGUGGCCUGCCACUACGGAAUGGUAACAGACAUGCUGGAGAGAUUGCAUCCAUGGCCCUUCACCUCCUCAAAAGAAUAAAACGCUUUGAGAUCAGACACCAGACAGGAGAACAGCUGCGUCUCCGCAUUGGCAUUCAUUCCGGCCAAUGUGUUGCUGGUGUGGUGGGGCUCAAGAUGCCUCGUUAUUGCCUGUUUGGUGAUACAGUGAAUACUGCAAGUCGCAUGGAGUCAUCAGGUGAGGCAUUUCGCAUCCACAUCUCGGAGGCAACCCGCAAUUUACUGGAUCUCCUAGGAGGGUACUACUGUGAGGAAAGAGGGCUCACGCCCAUCAAGGGUAAGGGAGAGAUGUGGACAUAUUGGUUGGUUGGAGAAGACCCUGCAUGUAGACUGGCUAGACUCAGAGGGCAAACAAUCAGCUCAUUAGUAGGAAAUUUUAGUUCUGACAGGUUCACUGGCCCAGAGACACCAGAUCUGCUAAGGCACCCAACAAGCACUAACAUUCUCACCACCGGUGAUUCUACUUCUGAGAGUAAAGCUGAGAUAAUACACCAGUUACAUAUUCGAGCCAUGAAAUCAUACUCCAAACAACAGGAGGUAUUCCCAGGCCUUACUGCCAGUUCCAGUAUGCUUCGUAUUCCGUCCUGUGGCCGCAAUAUUGCCAACAAUUGUGGGCGCAGCCACCGCUCAGCUCCAACCAUAACUUUUCAGGAAAGUCCUGCCGCACUUCCAGGCAAUUAUGUUUGACGAACUGCUGGGUCAUGUCCACUGUUAGGUUUGUAGGGAAACAUUUCUGCUUGAGUGAGCAAGGUAUUGUAAAGCAAUGUCAUUAUGUCUCUCAUACAUGUAUUUUGAAUGUCUCUGACAGAAAGUUAAGUGAAUUUUACAGUAACUUUACAUAACCAAGAUGGAAGUUCUUAGGGCCUAUUUAGAGUAUCACUUCCAAACUGUAUAAUCUUAUCGCUGAUCUUCAUGUGCGCGUGUGUGCACGCGUGCGCACGCACACACACACACAGAAUAAUUCCUCUCUCUCUCUGAGCAUCUCAGAGCUAGUUAGAGGUGAGUGGUCAGCUUCAUGAUCUGGGAGCUUUACCCACAUGGGCAGAGCCCCUGGUACCAACUGAAUAGGAGGCUGGCAGGGCUCUAGAUAUGGUCUGGAUGUGUUUAAAUGAAAUGCUUUUCUUCCCACUGGAACUGAAUCUUCCCAAUCCAUAACCAGUUACUGUAUUGACUCAGGUAUCUCAGUCCAUUUUCAUGCUUAUUUUAGAUCUGUCCAGUAAUGGUAUAUUUUGAAUGGUAAAUAUUAUGCCGCAAGCAGCAUUAACAAUAAUAUUCUGUGUUUUUAAUCUUUGGAGUUUAAUUUUAUGUAUUAUCAGAUGCUUCAUAAAUAAUGUUAAAAUAAACCAAAUCAGUAGCAGAAGGCGGGGAUGGGGCGUUACAUGUUUCAAUUUGCACUUACCCUUCAAUAGAACUGAAAUAUGUCGAAAAUUAUUGUUUUUGGAGUAACGCUAGUUCUUAUCCUGAACAUCAUUAAUCAACUAAUCUUAUAAGGUAGAGAAUAUUUUCUUCAAAGUUGGAACUUUAAUUUUAAAUAAUGACUUUUUUUAUCGCUAGUGGGGUGGGACUAAG